UAACGUGCCGUGAGAUGCAGAUUGAAACAUCAGACCUGAGGAUCUUGUGGACAUUUCCCAAAACAUCAUCGCGAGUCAAGAGUGUGGAGUUCACUGACCAACGAAGGAAGACAGGGAGCAGUAGUCAGACGGAAAUGUUCCUCCGCCCCGCUCCUCCCUCCUCCCCUCUGAGUGCAACAGGUCCGUCUGUGGCGCCGCAGGUCCCAUUCUCACCGCUCAUUCCAAGAUAAUCUGGAGCAAUGAUAUUCCGGACAGCGGUGGAGCACGCCAAAAAACACCCUGGGCUCAUCCCCCAGUUCUUCUUCAUCUGUCUGGGAAUGGGCGGAGCCACUUUGUAUCUGAUCCGACUGGCCAAAGGACCCCACGUUACCUGGAACAAGUCCAGCAACCCUGAGCCAUGGAAUAAACUUGACCCGACAUACCAGUACAAGCUUGUCUCCAUCAGCACUGACUACAAGAACCUAAAGAAGGAAGGGCCAGACUUCUGAAGUGACCAGCUUGGAUUCUUGCUGAAACAUAACAA